AAACCCAAACUGUUAUCACUCCCACUGCAGUGCCUUGAUUUAUGUGGUGCAAAAGAAAAAAAAAAAAAAAAAAAAAAAAGAAAUAAACUGUCAUACAACGGCAUAUUGGUGGUUUUUGUCGAACAAUUAAUUGAAUGGCAUUUUCAAGUGAGUGAUUUUAUUUGCAUCAAAACAACUGGAAUCUGUCAUAUUUACGAGCCCCGCAAAAAUGUGUGUGGAUUAAUAGAAACGCAGAACAAAUAUUCACUCCGGGCAGGAAGGAGUUACACCCUGUGCCACUGGCAGCCAGCUGACCGACCACGUGACUUUGCGGAAGUGAGCGUGUCAACAACAUGAGCAGAUCUUGAUCCGUGUCUUGCAGGAAUGGAGCGCUGUUUUGCUUUGUUGUUCAUCUUGGGAUGCGUGAACGAAGCUCUGUGUCUUCAGGGCUCAUGCGGGGCGGAGCAGGAACGCGCCGCCCCGCAGGGAGCAGCGGGCUGCGGCUGUAAAAACCUGAAGAGAGCCGCCGCUGCUGUGGAGCCGGCGGGGGACAGGACAGCUUCGGUAGACUCGGCUGUCAAAUACUCCAGAGCCGCCAGCGAGAGGCUGUCGGAGGCUCGGGGAGAUGACAGGGAAAAACUGAGUCAGGUGGUGCUGAUUCCUGGAGGAGAAUUCCUGAUGGGAACAGACAACCCAGGCAUCCCUGCAGAUGGCGAAGGCCCUCAGAGGCUGGUGCAUGUGGACUCCUUCUACAUGGACAUCCAGGAAGUCACUAACAGGCAGUUUCAGAGCUUUGUCAAUGCCACAGGAUAUGUUAGUGAGGCGGAGAAAUUUGGAGACUCAUUUGUAUUUGAGGGAAUUUUGAGCGAGACAGUCAAAAACCAGAUCACCCAAGCAGUAGCCGCUGCCCCCUGGUGGCUUCCAGUCAAGGGUGCCAACUGGAGGAACCCUGAGGGUCCAGACUCCAACAUCACAGACAGGCUGGACCAUCCUGUUCUACAUGUGUCCUGGGCUGACGCUGUCGCCUACUGCUCCUGGGCCAACAAGAGACUUCCUACAGAGGCAGAAUGGGAGUAUGCCUGCAGGAGUGGCCUGAAAGACAGAUUGUACCCCUGGGGAAACAAGUUGAAGCCAAAAGGGCAACACUACGCCAACCUCUGGCAGGGGGAUUUCCCCAACCACAACUCAGGAGAGGAUGGGUACAUCAAAACCUCACCAGUGAUGUCUUUUCCUGCCAAUGGCUUUGGUCUGUAUGACAUGGUGGGGAAUGCAUGGGAAUGGACCUCAGACUGGUGGACUGUUCAUCACACCACAGACCAGCAACACAACCCAAAAGGUCCUCCUUCAGGCACAGACAAGGUGAAGAAGGGAGGCUCAUACAUGUGCCACAAGUCUUAUUGUUACAGAUACCGAUGUGCGGCCCGAAGCCAGAACACUCCAGACAGCUCAGCCUCUAAUCUUGGUUUUCGCUGUGUCUCUCAGGACCAACAGUGACCUGACCUGCUUCUCUUGGACACUGGGUCCCUUAUUUCAGCUGCUCCCUAACCCAAGUGCUGAAUGCAGAGUAAUGCCGUGAAAACAUUACUUCAGUUUUUAUAGUGAGGCUGUUUAUCUACCAUCUCAUUAGCAUAGAUCUGAAGAUGAUUUGAAAGAAAGAAAAAAAAGACAGUGGGCCUCAAACCAUUUGGAGUCAAGAAUGUCUUACACCAGUGCAGAUAUUUUCAGAACUCCAAAAUUUAAAAAUUUGUUUUUUCAGACUUUUUCAUUAGAAAUGAAUAGAAAAGACUGUUUGUUUUCUAGUUCCUGUUCUCUGUACACCCCUGAGCACAAGUGGAGAGAGACCUGAAUAACUCAAGUCACUGUUUCUGCUUGGUUCAAAGCCGUUUUCAGCAGCAAAGAUCAGUGUGGUCUUGUAAAUGUGAAAAGAAAUCUUUGCAAACAAUUUUAUUGGUUGUCAUUAUCAGCUAAGGCCUGGUUGAGACAAAGACUAUAAGUCAAUUCUUAAUGUAUUAUGACACCGAGAUUGUUGUAAAAUGAUUGUAAAAUAUUUUUGUAUAAUUUUUUUGCAAACAUUG